AUGGGGCCACAAGAUGUUUGUGUGGCGGCUGGCAUCUCCCUUGAGCUGUCACCAUUGGUCCAGACCCCAGGAAACCCUGUGGCGCGAGAAAAAAUGUAUGAGAAAAUGAGGAAAGCUGGUGUGGCUGUGAUAACCGUUGAUGAGAUGCUGGCGAGCCAGGCAAAGGGUAUCCCUGUCCUUGAUGUCCGCCCCAAGAAUGAAUAUGAGAAGGGCCACAUUCCAGAUUCUGUCAACAUUCCUUUGUACGAUCUCAUCACUGGAUGGCAACCCUACAAGAUAGCAAGAAGAGGUGGCCACCUCAUAUUUGGCUCUAUCGAUGGCACAGAGUUCCAAGAGGAUUUUCUGGACGAAUGUGUCAAGCAGCUCGAUCGUGAGAUGGGCGUGACAGUGGUGUGCAACAUGGGGGCUACUUUAGAGGAAGAUGCAACAACUUUUUCUGGAAGGGCAACCAGGUCCUUGAUGGCUGCGCACGAGCUUGUGUGCCAAGACUUCAAGAACGUGUCCAUCCUUCAAAAGGGCGUGUACGACUACAUAACACCAGAAAGGGAGCUGAGCAAGUGA